CACUAAUUCUCUUCUACUCUCGUUUUGUUUGCACAUAUCAAAAUCAAUCUGAUCCCAAAGUUUCAAACACAGACGCCCUUUUUCAACAUCAACGAUUCGCCGGAAAAAAUGAUAGACGCAGGAUCUGCGUCCCUUGCCGUCGUCUACUCUAACGAUAACUGCGACAUCAACGUUGGCACUGUCGUGGUGGACCCCUCGCUCAACUUUAAAAGUCUGCUCUCGCUCCUAAGCCAGAUGACUGGGAUCUCCCCUCACCAGUUCUCCGUAUACCUCGCCGCCAUCGAGACUGACCGGAAAAUUCCAACCUCGUCGCCGAGAGGCUACGGGGCACUACUUUUUUGUCAAGCACUUCAAGCGCGCGAAGAAGGUGUCUGCGAACGCAAAGAAGCAGCCGCUGGAGAAAGUCAUGCUGCUUCGUCGUGCCUCCGUCGGAGAUCCGCCUUUCAAUACGACGUUCGCGCUGACUACGAGCAAAGAUUGAUGAAUUUUCAGAUGGAGAGAGACUCCUUUCGGAUGAAUAUGAGUGCCGCAAUCAACUGUGUCGCCGUCGGGAGAGAAUCACCGAUAACCUCCGCCGCCAUUUGCGAAGACUGUUUGAAAGCGAAUACGGACGGAAUCGACGCUGCUUUUCACCGUGCAUGCUCGAUACGAUGACGGUAGGAUUCCGGUUGUUGGUGGGACCAAUUUCCUAGCCAGCAAAAAUUUCUGGUGCUCGAAGGUUCUAAUGGACAGGAGUGAUUAAGUUGAAUAAAGAAGAGAGAUUGGAAAUUGAACAGAGAAGGAAGGAUGUGGAAAGUGCUUUUGGAGACUUUGUAAAUAGAGAAGAAAAGAGAAUGACGAAGCUGUGGGAGUUGAGGUGGAUCUCAAAAUUGGAAGAGGUGAGACUGUGAGUAAGGACAAAGUAAAAGUUCACCUAGGUUUGAGAGUUACUCUGGUAAAUAACUAAAAUAAAAAAACAUAAAAUAAAAUAAAAAGGUUAAAAAAGUAAAAGAAGAAGGAUAAUUUUGUAAUAAAAUAAAAAAAAGUAAAAACAUGGGGAGGUGGAGGGUGGAAAAGGGGAGGUGGAGGGAGGAACCCUCAAUUUCGACCCCUUAGAGCUUCUAGGUCAGGAGAGUGUGGGUUUGGAUGCUGGGCCCAACUGAAUAAUAAAAAAAAAUCCCUUUCCUCUAGCAUCCCCAUUUCUCAUCUUCGCAGCCCCCUUUAUUUUCUGCAUGGGCCAUUGGGCCAAAAAAAAACAAGAAAACAAAAACAAAAACACGUUUUCUACACCCCUACUUAUGCUAAAUCGUGCCCCUUCCCAAUUGGGCUUGGGUCCAAUAUGAUAUUAGAACUCACACACCUGUUUUUCAUUUCCACACCCCGGGCCAUUUGGGCUUAGGCCCAAUCUUUAUAU